AUGGCUCACGCCAACGCCCUUCCAGCGGCAAGAGCCAAGCUGUUCCCAGGAGUUCGGCUUCCUAAGCCCAUCCUCGGCGUCUCAGACCAUGCUCAGGCUGGGAAAGUUCUCUCGGAUCGCUACGCCGUGUACUGGAACAAGAGCAACCCCAGGUUCCAUCAGGGGGACUACACGGUGGAAGUCAGCAUCAACGACUACCUGGACAUCUACUGCCCGCACUAUGAGGAGCCCCUCCCGGCGGACCGCAUGGAGCGCUACAUCCUGUACAUGGUGAACGGCGAGGGCCACGCCUCCUGCGACCACCGGCAGAAAGGCUUCAAGCGGUGGGAGUGCAACAGGCCCGACUCUCCCAACGGGCCCCUGAAGUUCUCGGAGAAGUUCCAGCUCUUCACGCCCUUCUCCCUCGGGUUCGAGUUCCGGCCGGGCCACGAGUAUUACUACAUCUCUGCAACUCCUCCUAACAUGGUGGACAGGCCCUGCUUGAAGCUGAAGGUGUAUGUGCGACCCACAAAUGACUCCCUGUACGAAUCUCCGGAGCCUAUUUUCACCAGCAACAACUCGUGUUGCAGCCUCCGGGUCCCACACGUCGUCCUGGUGGUGGUGCCCGUGUUUUGGACCAUUCUCAGCUCCUAGCCCCGAGAGGAGAAAGCAAAGGAAGAGGUGAGCGGAGCCGGGCGAGGGGGAGAGACAGACGCCCGCUGGAGAAGAGACGCGCUCUGCCUGCCUUGGGGGGAACGGACCCUCUUGGGCCAGCCUUUUGCUUUGUUUUUAAAACAAUUGUCUCUUUCGCAAGAACCUUUGAACUGCAUCACCUGGGCGGGGCGGCGAGGUUGGGCAAGGGAUGCAAAGAAGGAUUUUUUUUCCUCUAGCCCAGCCUCUAGCUCGGAGAAUUGCUGGUCGUGGCACGGAGUCACUUGGAAGAAGGCUGCAACGUUUCCGACGAGGUACAAAAUAACACCCCCGCCGUGCACCCCAGCAGUCUGGUUUUGGGGAGGGGGUAUCGACAAAACGACGGUGGAUAAGAGCAGCGUGGGCUCCGCGCUGGAUUCUUGCUGCCGGGACGGCCACUUUUCCUGGUGCCGGGGCUCAGCUCGCUUUGAUCCUCCUUGUAGGAUUUUGCUUUUUAAAUUUCUAGACCAAAUAUUAGAGGCUCCCCUCCCCCGCCCUCACCCUUUUUUUGGUUGUUUUUGGUUUCGUGCUUUUCUUGCACUUCUGGAGACUCAGCUGCAAAACGAGACACCCUCCCCCGUCAGAAAUCUCCUUGAGCAGCAUUCCCGGACGACCCGUCAAGGCAUUGCAGGAUCACUAUGGGGCUUGGGUUUUCCUUCCGGGGCUCCCUCCCCGUCCCCAAACUGGGGAUUCGGUGGCUGGCAAACGACCGAAGUGCCCGGACUCUGGGACAUGCUGGGUCCGGGACAAGAACUGCAGCGCUCUCGGCUGGUUUGCUUUGGAGUCUGAACUAGCCCAGCUGUUGACCGUUGCUGGCUUGUAGUUUGCAGGCAGGGGGGCCAGAUGCAAACAUGCCUGUCCCUGCCCCCAGGCUCUGGGGCGGAGCGCUGGCCUGGGACAGUGGCCAGAUCCUUGCGGGACGACGGUACCAUUUUCGUGGCUUGGUGGGUUGUUUCUUCGGUGGGCGUGGGAGGGGGGUUGUUGGUUUUGUGGGGGAGGGAUGGGCAGGGCUGCCAAUAAGCCAGCAAAGGUAAUUGAGCAACUGACAUCAGUGGAGAAGCAAAGGGCAACGCUGGCGGGGAGGGGGGGAGGGAGAUGUGGGGAGGGGCCUUCGCCACUGAGAGCAGGAUCAAAACUCUGGUUUGGGGAAGGGGCCGCUGGGGUGGGGCAAUGGCAGGAAUGUGAGCGUAGAAUCCCAGGAUCCCAGGGAGGGCAGAGACCUCAGGAGCCAUCGAGUCCAGCCCCCUGCCCAAGGCAGGACCAGCCCAACUCAACCCUCCCAGCCAGGGACGUAAACACCUCUAGGGACGGAGACUCCACCCCCUCCCUC